AUGGCUCUAGUUUCCUUACAGCUGAUACCACGACUCCUUAAUUCCCUCCGGUUGGAGCCUCGUUACAUUUUGACCCUUCGCUACGAGGAAGAGGCAGCUGUGCGGGCCAACGGCGGAGGAGGGGACCUGCGAGGCGGCUCGUCCCCUGAUCUCUUGCCGAUGGCGGCGUACAAGCCUCAUCCGCCCCAGAUGCAUGGGUUUUCCGAUCCUUCAUACAAUCAAUAUAGCUCGCAAAACUUGCCCCAAGCACAUUUGCACCAGCAGACCGAGAAUGCCGCCGCACAGAUGAAUCAAAUGGCUUACGCGGCCAACAAUGCUGCAGUCGCGGCGAACAACCGCAUACCGUACAACUUUGCCCUGGCGCCGUCUGGAUUCUCAGCGCAAGGCUCACAGCCAAAUGCGGGCCCUGGUGGCACCAAAAUACACUUGCGCAUCUCCGGACAAUACGACAUACUGUCUGUGACCUCGACAACGCCGUAUGUAUGGGUGCUGUUCGGAAAUGCUGCGCAAAAGAUUCCAGCACAAAUAAUAAAGGAGUCGCAAGAUGCCACAGGCGCAUGCACCUACAGUAUCACGGUGGAAGCACCUCCAUUUGUGGUCACAAAUUGGCAAGCGUCUUCAACUGUGCCCCUGACUGUUGUCAUUGAAAGCACAGAUGGGCACGAGCUUGCACGCGUUGGCUCCGCGGGGUCAUUCACAUAUACAGACACAGCAGGUGCAGACCUUACCCAAGGGGCCGCGAGUCCACCUGACGGGUCAAUCACGCGAAGAAGUACCACCCGCUCACCACUGUCACAUGAGCAUGAAACAUCAGUCCUCCAUGUCAACAGUCCUCCUGGACUCACAGUACGCACGAGUGCCACUACCAGCCCUACGACUGAACAUCUUUCCGGCGCGCACCAACUGCCGCAACACGAUGUCGCAGAUCCGUGUACAAAUAACUACGGCUAUCCUUCCGCUGCCGUCGCGCCGUCCCAGUCUCAGGUCCAUGUGCCACAAGCGCAGCCGACGACUAGCUUUGGAGCGACAGCCUACGGCCAAAGCAACGACACGAUGCUGCACGCUUACCGAACCUCGAAUUACUCGCACAACCAGCAUCAUUACCAACGUAGCCCUACCUCACUUCGCUCUCCUCAUCAUGGUCUUGGCGGUUGGGCCACAUAUGGUGGCUUGGACGGUCGUACAUCCACGUACUCGUCCGCCCACCACACUACCAUUACCAGGCCCAGUUUGCAUCCUUCGCUGCCGAUGCCAAGCGGAGGACCUCCAACCCUAGUUCGCACGACUAGUCUACCGCAGGGGACCCCUUCAAUGGGACUUGGGGGUAAUUACAGCCCCUUCGUCUCGCACCACAAAGCGAUAUUGCACAUUCAGGGAAACUUGGAAUCCAUGACAGUCGGUUGGACACCCGAGGAGUGGGAAAGCCGAAGGCGAAUCGUCAUGUUCAAGAAGUCGCAAUCUGGCAGCCGUCUCACCGCGACCUUCCGAGCCGUCCCCGUCAACGAGCGGCCCCCAAACAGUAUAUGUGUCAGCUGCAUAUGGUGGGAAGAGAAACACGAGUGUUAUGUCACGUCUGUUGACACCAUUCACCUCCUGGAGCAACUCGUGGUCUCGCCGAACCGGUUCACAGUCGAAGAGAAGAACCGUAUCCGGCGGAAUCUAGAGGGUUUCAAGCCGUUGACGGUGAGCAAGGCGAAGGCAGAGUCAGAGGACUUCUUCAAGAUCAUCAUGGGAUUCGGGAAUCCCAAGCCGAGAAACAUUGAGAAGGAUGUGAAGGUGUUUCCCUGGAAAGUGCUGGCCCCGGCUCUGAAGAAAAUCAUCGGAAAAUACAGCGCGUCGCCAUCGUCAACGGUGCCCCACUCCUCUCAUUCCCAUCACACCCACUUACUGACCCCGUGCUUCUUUGAGCAGCCACUCAGUCCUGACGGACAGCAUUCCAUCGCCACGGUCCCUCAGCGGGGGUAUACCAUCUUCAUGGGCCUCAUAUACCGGCUCAGGGCGCGACGUGAGUCGGAGCUACUCUCCGACAGGGCUUUUGAAGACGUCAUCGCCAGUAUCGAGCUCGAGCCUGCGCCUGAACGCACUGCCAACAGCCUACGACACCAGGAGUCCGCAGACGGGGUUGUCACACUCGAAUCACUACAGCCUGCCUUCGCAGAGUAG